CGGAAGAGGAAGCGGAAAAUUGUGUUUGGUGGCUCCCGAUAUGGCUGAGGCCGGGGGUGUUACGACGGAAUCCAUUGCGGGAGACAGGGCGCGGGCGGCGCGCACCAUGCUAGAUCAGGUGGUACUCCCGGGUGAGGAACUGCUGUUGCCCGAGCAGGAGGACGCUGAAGGCCCAGGAGGUGCUGGGGAGCGACCGCUGCGCCUGAAUGCGGGGACGCGCUCCCGGGGACGCGUUGUGUGCGGCCCGGGCUUGCGGCGCAGUGGCGACCGCCUGCUGGUCACCAAGUGCGGCCGCCUCCGUCACAAGGAGCCCGGCGGCGGCAGCAGCGGCGGUGGCGUUUACUGGGUGGAUUCGCAGCAGAAACGGUAUGUCCCAGUGAAAGGAGACCAUGUGAUUGGCAUAGUGACAGCUAAAUCUGGAGAUAUAUUCAAAGUGGAUGUUGGAGGGAGUGAACCAGCAUCUUUGUCUUACUUGGCAUUUGAAGGUGCAACUAAAAGAAACAGACCCAAUGUGCAGGUUGGAGAUCUCAUCUAUGGCCAAUUUGUGGUUGCUAAUAAAGAUAUGGAACCGGAGAUGGUCUGUAUUGACAGCUGUGGACGAGCCAGUGGAAUGGGUGUGAUUGGACAGGAUGGUCUGCUUUUUAAAGUGACUUUGGGCUUAAUUAGAAAGCUCCUGGCUCCAGAUUGUGAAAUCCUACAGGAAGUGGGAAAACUCUACCCACUGGAGAUAGUAUUUGGGAUGAAUGGAAGAAUAUGGGUUAAGGCAAAAACCAUUCAGCAGACCUUAAUUUUGGCAAACAUUUUAGAAGCUUGUGAACACAUGACAGCAGAUCAAAGAAAACAGAUCUUCUCCAGAUUGGCAGAAAGUUAGAUGGAAUUUUUUAUGGGUCAGUUGACCCAAGAGACUAUGGGUUUCCUGGGGAAAAUUUUUUCAGGGAAACCUCUCCUCAUUAAAUGUUCAGAAGACAAAAUGUGAAUGUACAUAUUGUCUUAUCAAAGUCCUUAUUUUUAUAAAAAUGUUACUAGUUGCCACCCAUGUUCUUGUGGGUGAGAAAAAUCAUUAUAAAAUAAUAAUGUAUUUUUUUCUUUACAAUAAAGUUUACUAAAA